AUGCGGUUCAACACUCUGUUCUUCCUACUGAUCCUUUCCUGCGUCUGUCUGGCACUGGCACAAGUGUCCUAUGAUAACUGCUGUCUAAAGUAUGUGAGAUCAAUGGGCUCCGGUGCUCAAAAACACGCAGUGAAGUACAGACAUCAGAAGACAGAUGGAGGCUGCAACAUCCCAGCUGUAAUCUUCACCAUGAGGAGGGGCCGUAUCCUCUGCACAGACCCAAAAGAAACGUGGGUAAAGGAACUGAUGGUAAAAAUUGACGAGAGAAGAGAGAGAGAGACAGAGAAGCCCAGUGAUAUGCAGCGACGUCGACGACAUUCAAGGAGAGGCUGAGGGCAGCUGCCAGCUAACAUUGGCCCCCGUUCAUCUCUCUGCCAUCCGCUAUCUUAUAAACGAGCAACAUGUGGUUUUA